AUGGUAGAAACCACCGAUGGAAGCGAGCGUACAAUGGCGGAAGUGGAGGCGAGCAAAACAAACGAAGACAUUUCGCGAAUGGAAAACAGUAUCAAGAAGGAGAUUUCUAAAUUGAAAUAUUAUCUAGAACCAGCCGAUGAGUUAAUAGAGUCUAAAGACUACGAAGAAAUGGCGAUUGUUGCGCAAAGAACGGCGACAAUUUGCGAAACUUUAACGGAUAUUAUAUUGAAUGCUGUGGAGUUAAAAAUAGAGCUUAACAUGACACCUCGAGGCGUGAGACAGUGGAGAAACGAUGUUAAAUCAAGUUAUUCGACGUUACUUGAGGAAAGAGAAAAGAUUAUCGAAGCUUUACGUGAGAGAGAUCAAGAAAUAAAACAAUACGAAGAAAUGAAAGCUAUCGAAGCAGAAAAACGACAACAAGAGAGAGUAGAGAGGCAACAAGACGAAGCCAGAGCCAGACAGGAAGAAAUUGACGAACGUUUAAGGCGAGAGAGACAUGAGAAAGAACGAGAACUUUUCGAAGAAAAGUUAAAAUACGAAAUGAUAGCAACUGAGAAACGUUUAGAAAUGGAAAACAAGGCCAAAUCUACACAGGCAAAAUUACCAAAAUUGCGAAUUUCUCCAUUCAAUGGCACACCAGCCGAUUGGAUUAGGUUUGAAAAUAUGUUCACAACGCAAGUACACGACAAACCAAUAAGCGACGAAGAGAAAUUUGGCUAUUUAUUAGAAAUGGUCAAUCCAAAGGUACGAGAAAGAAUCAGUAAUUUAAGGCCUAGUACAUCAGGGUAUAAUACUGCAUGGGACAGACUUAAGAGAGACUAUGGUCACACAACAUUAGUUGUGAAUGCCCAUAUGGAUGCCAUUGUUAAUUUGCCAGUAGUAAAGGGGUCAAGUUAUGAGAAAGUAAAAGAAUUCUAUGAAAAAGCAAGUCAAAGUUUUGAUGCACUAGAAACUUUGGGAAAGAGUGAUAUGUUAAAGGGAUUUGUACUGUCGACAUUAAAUAAACUGCCAAAUAUUAAAUCAGAUUUGGUGCGCACAGAUAAUGAAUGGGAAAGCUGGUGCAUGAAAGAUUUACUUGACAACCUUCAACAAUGGUUAAAGCGAAACAAGAUGACAGCAGAAACAUCCAAGCCAUCAGAGAGCCCUGGAAAAGAGAGACAGUGGUGGACACAGAAAGGUGAGAAGAAAUCAAAGGAGAGAAAAUGUUUAUUUUGUGCGGAAAACCAUUGGUCUGAUAACUGUCCUAGCCAAGAUACAAAGGAGAAGAGGAAAGCAUUCUUUGUUGCAUGCAAGCUUUGUUUUAACUGUGGGUCUCCAGGCCACAGAGCCAGUAAUUGUAAGAGCAGAGGAUGUCACACAUGCCAAGGAAGACAUCACACUAGUUUAUGCGACCGAAGGAAGAAUCCGGACCUGGUAUUGCAUGCAUACACCGAUAACAAAGAAGCACUUCCACCCAUUAUUCCUGUAAAAAUUCAGGAAGAAACACUGUGGGCCUACCUUGACACCGGGUCAGGGAGGAACUUUAUAUCAAGCAAUGCUAUGGAGAAGUUAAAUAUGGUGCCGACACGCCAUGAAGUCCGACAAAUUGUGACCCUUAAUGGCUCAAAGGAACAAACCCUACCAGUCUAUAAUGUAGAGAUUCAUUCAAUUAAUGGGGAGCAAGUGGAAAAUAUCGAAGUUACUGGAUCACAAAUGCCAAACUUCACAACGAUCCAGAGACCAACCAUUAGUGAACUGAAGGAGAAACUUGCGCAUGCAAGGGACAAACAAUUCUAUGUGACAAAGGACAACAAAUAUCCAAUCGAUCUGAUAAUUGGUGACAAUCUUUACUGCAAGAUUAAAACGGAAGAAAUAUUUAAAGGGAAAAGUAACGAGCCAGUCGUCGAAGGAACCACAUUUGGGUGGGUGAUCCAUGGUGGUGAGUAUCCAGUGGAUGAAUGCCUGUUUACCACUGAAGUUGCGGACUACGAAAGAUUAUACAGUUUGGAUGUUCUUGGAAUUGAAGACCGGAAAGAGAAUGACCAAGACGAAGUGCUGCUGGAGUUUACAGAAAAUAUUACGAGGAAAGCAGACGGCAGGUAUGAAGUUAAUAUUCCGUGGAUCGAAGGAAGUAAGUUAAGAGAGACUAAUUUAGAACAGAGUAGGCGCAGGCUGAGAAAUGUCGAGAAGAGAUUAAGCCGUGACGCUGAAUUAUCCAAAGGUUAUGAGGAGAUAGUGGAAGAGCAGUUAGACACAGGAAUUGUCGAGUUUGCCCCAGAGGAACCAACUGGGAAAAGAAUCUUCUACAUGCCUCAUAAGCCUGUAAUAAGACAAGGUGCAACGACAACGAAGAUUCGUAUGGUAUUUGAUGCCAGUGCAAAGCCAAAGCCCCUCGAAAGCAGUGUUAAUGAGUGCAUGCACACUGGACCCCCUCUACUGCCACACUUAUGGGACAUUAUGAUACGUACAAGAAUGUGUACCAACAUUCUCCUUGCUGACAUUCAGAAGGCAUUUCACCAAAUUGGUAUAAAGGAGGAGGACAGGGAUGCAUUCAGAUUCCUUUUCAACAUCAAUGGCAAGGAUGAACAUCUCAGAUUCACCAGAGUCCCCUUUGGAGCAGAGGCUAGUCCCUUUAUUCUCGGUGCGACAUUGCAGCAUCAUUACAACCAGCAACCACCCUGCUAUGAAGAAACCGUUCAAUCUUUGAGAGAUAAUACCUACGUAGACAAUCUUAUGACGGUUAGUGAAGAUAUCGAAGGCUUGGAAAGGUUCAAAGUCGAAGCCACUUGUAUUCUGGAAGACGCAAAAUUUCCCCUACACAAAUGGGAGUCAAAUGUCGAGGAGUUGGAUGGGGAGGACACGCCUAAUCCGAGUAAAAUUCUGGGUCAUGGUUGGGACAAACGAGAAGACACCCUGGAAGUGACCGUGCCAGAGUUCCCACAAAGUAAACCAGUAACAAAAAAGACUGUGCUAAGCCAUCUGGGAAGCAUUUAUGACCCCAUGGGUAUCUUGUCGCCAACGUUAGCAACCGGCAAACACAUUUAUCGAGAGAUAUGCGAAGAGAAAGCCAGCUGGAAUGAAGAAGUGUCACCAGAACUGAAACAAAAAUGGUUCAGAUGGACGGGACAAUUGCGAAAUGUUAAAGUUCCGAGGAGUAUCCUGAAAGAGUGCAGAAGAACGAAGGGUAUCCAUAUCCACCAGUUCGCAGAUGCCAGCAAUCUUGCCUGUUCUACUGCAACCAUUGCUCUAGUCGAAGGGAAAACCGGUGUGAUAAGAGGCCUUCUGUGUUCGAAAUCAAGAAUCUCGAAACGAAACCUUUCAAUUGCUCGGUUAGAAUUGGUCAGCGGGCACAUGGCAGCGAAUAUGGUGAAAAACGUAUGUCAGGCGUUGAGACAUUUACCUAUACUUUCAGUGACAAUAUGGAUGGACAGUAUGAUUGCAUUGUACUGGAUAACAAAUCCUGAGCGACCAUGGAAAGUCUUUGUUGCCAACCGCGUGCGAAAGAUAGCCGAAGCAACGAAGGACAUUAAAGUUGAUUGGAGAUACUGUCCGACUGGUCAGAAUCAUGCUGAUAUGGGGAGCAGAGGAGCAUCUAUUGACAAGAUGAUCAAAGAAGGAUGGUUUACGGGGCCGGAUUGGUUAGAUGAGGUCAGCGAAUGGCCAGAUCAGCCAAUGUUAAGGAAGACACCCCAAAUCGAAGAAGAAGAGAAACCACAAAAGGAGCUAGUGGGCCAUGUGACUGAAAUCCAACGAGAUGAAUGGGACGAUCUUUUGGCGCGACGCUCGUAUUGGAGUACCAUCAGAGUCGUAGCUUGGGCAUUACGGUAUGCAGACAACAGCUUAGCGAAGCGUAGAGGACAAAAGAAACGUUCCGGUCCAUUGACGACUGUUGAAAUGAUAACCGCGAGAAAUCAUCUGGUACGGAGGAGCCAGAAAUACAUUCCAGAAGAUUUGAGUGAACCACAAUUUAAAUUGACGAAGGACGUUGACACGGGAAUCCUCAGAUGUGAAGGACGAAUAGCGAAUUACAAGCCGAUCUAUUUGGAGAAUGAAGAGUUCAUCACAAAGUUAAUUCAACACGUUCAUGAGAAGAAUAACCACCUUGGCGUAGCUCAUACUAUGGCCAGUAUCAGAGAAGAAUGGUGGAUACCUCGUUUAAGAAGUCGGGUUAAGAAAUACAUAAACAACUGCAACGUGUGCAAGGUGUUCUCAACCAAGCCGUACGGAGCAACAGAAACUGCAGCUCUACCAUCGUUUCGCACUGAAGUGAGUCGACCAUUUGAGCGUACCGGAGUGGAUUUCGCAGGGCCAAUCUAUUAUCGGACAUCGAAAAGGGAAGACAAGGCUUACGUUCUAAUUUUUACCUGUGCAACAUCAAGAGCGGUGCAUUUAGAACUUACAAGAUCCCAGACAGCUAAAGAAUUCCAACAGAAACUGAACGCGUUCAUAGCAAGACGGACACGACCACGGAGAAUCAUAUCGGAUAACGCAGCAACCUUUCGAGCAACCGCAAAUUGGAUAAAGAAGAUCAGGAAAAGUGAAGAACUGAACGAUUACUUAGCGUCUCAGUCAAUUACAUGGCAAUUUAACUUGUCUAAAUCGCCGUGGUGGGGCGGACUUUAUGAACGUCUGAUAAGGGAGAUAAAGAAGACAUUAUACAAGACCUCAGGGAAAACUCACCUGACUUUCGAACAGUUGGAAACCGUGUUGAUGGACGUAGAGCGUCAUGACAAUCUCGAAGCAGAAGACGAAAGGGAAACCAGAGAUCAAAGACCAACCAGAGAUGCAGCAAAGAGAGCUAAAGAACUCGUUAAAAUUAUCGCGAUGGAUGAAGAAGACAAUUGA